AUGUCAGACUACCGUUUAUCGACUCGUGAGAGUCAUGAAUACACACUGAUCAAUUUCAUCUGCUUUUUACUUGCAUGCUUUUCUGCGGUUGCGCUGGCGGUCUUCGUCUCUACAACUCAAACAUACUUCAUCACGGAUGUGUUACAAAUAGGUGAGAACGUCGGAAGUUACGUUGGCAUUUUAGGUUUGUUCGAUGAAAUUCUGUCGAUGUGUUUGGUGCCACUGAUGGGAGUUCUAGCAGACCGAUUUGGGUCUAGGGUGAUUGUCUCAUCAGGUUUUUGCGUUUCCGGAUUGAGUCUUUUCGGUUUCGGAUAUUUCGUUAGAACCAAUGUGGUCCCUCAGAUGCUGUUUUGGAGAUUAGUGUUUGCUGCCGGGCUGACAGCCUCCUUGGGUAUCCUAACGAUCAUGGUAAUCGAAAUGAACCACUCGGGAUUCGAUAUUAAAGCAUACAUAUUUGGUUUAAGCAACUCAUUGAGUCCAUCUGAUAGAGCCCAAGAGGAGUCCGAUGCUAUGGGCCGUUGUGACGGAGCAAGUGUCAAUGGAAAUCAUUUGGAGAGAGUAGACCAAUUGAACAAAUCCAGGAAAGAUGGGACCAAGGUUUCUUACAUGGGUGUAAUGAGCGGAUUUGGUGCAGUGUUUGCUGUCACUCUCCUAUUAAGACUUCCGGUGUUUUUUGGUACAACAAGACCAGCAGGGUCUGCGAUGAGGUUGUCUUACUAUACGGUUGGCGCUGGUGCAAUAGUUGUGGCUGCCUUUAUGUGGUUUUGUUCUUUCAAAAGUGAAAGCGAUGUCUCUUUUAAGGACGACCUAUUUGAAUCAUAUUCACAGGGCAGCGGGAUACGUGAAGAUUUGGUGAGCGAUUCUGAUGAGGAGCACUUUACAUCCUCUACGGCAAGAGAAUCUUACUGGACAUCUCUCAAGGCAGGAUUUCAGUUAUCGCUGGAAGACCCCGGAAUUCUGAUUGCUUAUUUGAGUGGCUUUAUUUCACGGUGCAUUACAAUUGUGAUUACUUUAUACAUUCCAUUCUAUGUGAACUCCUAUUACAGAGAGAUAGGUAAUUGCACCAAAAAUUCAAAUGACAAAGUUGAUUGCCCUGAGUCUUAUAUUUUGUCAUCAAUUCUCACAGGUAUCGCCAAUUUAUUUGGUCUUAUGCUUGCCCCAAUCUCGGGAAUUCUAGUCGAUCGAUUGAACAAUUACACCAUCCUCAUUUCCAUUGCCGCAACCCUAUCAACAUGUGGGUUUCUUGCGUUCUGCCUGAUAACAACACCUGAUAAAAGUGUGAUGAUUUAUCUAGCAGCGUCACUGAUGGGAUCUGCCCAAAUUAUGUUCAUUAUAAUAUCAAUGACUAUGAUUUCAAAUAUUACCUCUGAGGACAAAUAUAGGCAACGGGAAGGUUCUAUAUCGGGGGUAUUCGCUUUUGUAGGCGGGGUUGGAAUCAUUUUCACAUCUUUUGUUGGGGGAAAAUUAGCUGAUUAUAGUCCCAAGCUUCCCUUUUUGCUUAUAGUUGUUACAAGCAUAUUGAGCCUUAUAGCUGUCUUGUUUCUAAGUGGCCAUUCCCUGAAAAGCUUGUGUGAUCUUUCAAAACGUUCCGAAAGACUUGAGGAACGAGAAGAUGCCUCGAAUUUAUUGGAUUACGCUUCAACACAAACAUGA